CAGUGGCUAACUUGAAAAGUGCUUUUUACAUAAAACUAUAACAACUGACAUCAUUCUACCAAAUAUAAAUAAAAUCUGUUGACUAUUUUGAAUUUGAAUUAUUUUCUGGACAGACGGCACAGGAUUGGUGUGCAAGGACAGGCUGAUGAACAGACAAAGGGUUUCACUAUAUCCCUAUUGGACUUCAUGCCUUGGGAUAAGGAAUGAAUUUAUGACAUGAUUAUUCACACAUUGUGUCAAAAACACAGUUUCGCCACUAUCUAUAUGUAUAUGUACUGCAUCACGCGUUUAGGCCUGCCAUCAUAUUGUAUUCCUGUAUUAUUGUAGGUCCCAACAACCGAACAGAGGUAGUAACUAACUCUGUCCCUGUUGCAAGAGACUGCACAGAUCAUCCAGAUGGUAUCACUAUGGUACAUACAAUAAACAACAAACGGUUUGCAGUUAGAUGUGAAAAUGGUUGGAUAAUCAUGGCUCACAGAUAUGAUGGCAGUGUUGACUUUGAUCGCACUUGGGAAGACUAUCAAGAAGGAUUUGGUGAUAUAAUGGAUGAACAUUUUUUAGGGUUCAACAAAAUAGUGGCAUUGAUGCUCAAUGAUAGGUUUAAAGCCAGAUUUGAGCUUACAUCUUGGGGCAAUGAAACAACACCAGGGGAGAUGAGAUAUGCUCAAUAUGACAGGUUUGAAAUUGGAGAUAGGAAGCAGAACUACACCUUAAUCAUUGAUGGAUACACAGGUACAGCAGGGGACUCAAUGAAUUCUUAUACCAAUAAACAGUUCUCAACAAAGGAUAACGACCAUGAUGACUUCCCUGGGGGUCAUUGUGCUAAGGAUUCCUUCAGCCCAUGGUGGUAUGGAUGUUACGGGAUUUAUCAGGCUAAUUUAUUUGGCACAUAUGCAGAUGGUCCAAUAUGUCCAGUAACAGGAAGCUAUAGCUAUAAGUGCAUCUUCUGGAAGGCGUGGCCAAAAGACCAGCUCCCUGAAGCUAUAAUAGUUAACAACCAGGGCUACUCUUUCAAAGAGAUGAAAAUCAAACUGAAACCACUGUAAUAUGUAUUAUAACUCAGGUACAUGCAUUACAUGUUCUGCAUAUAUUCAAUUGUACAGAACAUGUAUGUGUUCAAAAUGUCACCAUAAAUUCUAGAUUUCUUUUCUUUCUAUAACAGAACCAUUUUGAUAUUUCUUGAGAACACUGACCUGAUGGAGCCUUGGCAUAUCCUAUAGUGGCAGUUGCAGCUCCAGCUUUGUAAAAUGUCUCAGCCAUGUAGCAGUUCAAUUCUAAACUA